AGACCGUUCUCACUGACGUCACGCGGCUCCAUGAGGAGGAGGUGGACAAGAUGGCGGCGGCGGUGCUCGAGCGCAGCUUCAUCGAGAUCUGUGGGUUUGAGCGGGAAACGGCGACCCGGGUCCGAGAGGUGACCGUAAACCUGGGUACGGAGGAGUCCAAAGUCCGGGGUCCGGCAGGUUUAUACUGAGAACCGGUACCGCAGGGUUCGGACGGGAGAACCGGAGCUAACCGGCUAACACGCUGUUAUCUGGACCUCCUGAGUCCGGCAGAGACCGGGUCUGUAACCGGACUCUGAAAUCCAGGAUCUAGAGAGGGACUCGGGGUUUGGUACCAGGAGUUAGUCUAAGUUCUGGGUUCGGGUCUGUCAGAGCCUCAUGGUGGUACAGGGCAGGAGCAUUAGCUUAGCAUCAGGAGGUCCGACCCACCUGACCCCGAACCCAGACUUACUGUCCGGGUUUAUUAAGGACCCUAAAGUUCGGUUCUGAUCCACCUGCUGUCAGGGAGGAACCAGGUCCAGUUCUGAUCAGAACCGUCUUAUUUUGACCCCUUUAGAUGUAGACCACAGGAUCCAUGAGGGUCCACUGAGACCGGUUCAGGUUCGGUCUGCUGGAGCAGAAUAUUCUAGAGAGACUAAAGAGGGUCUUUGUGAACAGGUUUUACUUUAAUGUCAUUAAAUUAAAUUAAAUGUAUUUAAAUUAAAUUAAAUUAAAUUUAUUUUAAUUAAAUUAAUUUUUUUAAAUUAAAUUAAAUUAAAUUAAAUGUAUUUUUUAAAUCGACUGUUUCUUUAGAUGAAAAAGUCCUCAUAGUCUUCAUCUGAGGAUCCAGAACCUGGGGCCUCAUUAAUCAGCCGAUCAAUAACAAUCACCAUGACAGUGAAUUCAGAGGGUCUGUGGUCACAUGACCUUCAUGUCUCUGUCCCUCAGGUGUCUCCGCUCUUCCUGGAGGACAGAAGUUUCCGGACAGCGCCGGAGCGUUUCACUACGAGGAGAGCGGGAAACUGCUGUCUGUGACCAGCAACAGACUGAUCCACUGGUGAGAGAGACAGACACACAGACACACACAGACAGACAGAAACAGACACACACACACACACACACACACAGACACACACACAGUCAGUAGGAGUCCGUCUCAGAAGGACCACCUCCGGUUCCUUUAAUUUCAUUAAAAACUAACUCUGAAUAAAAACUCGGACGUCUGUGUUUUUGAUCAGAUUGAACAAAGACUGUUUGACCCUCAGAUAUAGAGACGUAAAUAUUAGAUCCUCAUCAGUCUCAGGUUAGUCUGUCAACAUUCAGGGAUCACCUCUGAUCAUCUUAGACUCUCUGUCCUCCUCCUGUCUCUCCCAGAGUUCGACAGUUCAACCGUUUCACUAAAAAUCAAUGUGAGCGAAUUGUCAAAUGUAUUUAGGGUCACAUAAAAAAAUCAACAAAUGUUGAAUACGGUGAAGUUAGUUUUAGGUUGGAUAUAUUUUUCUGUAAAUACAGCGGUGAAGUUAGUUUUAGGUUGGAUAUAUUUUCCUGUAAAUACGGCGGUGAAGUUAGUUUCAGGUUGGAUAUAUUUUCCUGUAAAUACGGCGGUGAAGUUAGUUUCAGGUUGGAUAUAUUCUCCUGUAAAUAUGGCGGUGAAGUUAGUUUCAGGUUGGAUAUAUUUUCCUGUAAAUACGGCGGUGAAGUUAGUUUCAGGUUGGAUAUAUUUUCCUGUAAAUACGGCGGUGAAGUUAGUUUCAGGUUGGAUAUAUUUUCCUGUAAAUACGGCGGUGAAGUUAGUUUUAGGUUGGAUAUAUUUUCCUGUAAAUACGCGGUGAAGUUAGUUUCAGGUUGGAUAUAUUUUCCUGUAAAUACGGCGGUGAAGUUAGUUUUAGGUUGGAUAUAUUUUCCUGUAAAUACGCGGUGAAGUUAGUUUCAGGUUGGAUAUAUUUUCCUGUAAAUACGCGGUGAAGUUAGUUUCAGGUUGGAUAUAUUCUCCUGUAAAUACGGCGGUGAAGUUAGUUUUAGGUUGGAUAUAUUUUCCUGUAAAUACGGCGGUGAAGUUAGUUUUAGGUUGGAUAUAUUUUCCUGUAAAUACGGCGGUGAAGUUAGUUUCAGGUUGGAUAUAUUUUCCUGUAAAUACGGCGGUGAAGUUAGUUUCAGGUUGGAUAUAUUUUCCUGUAAAUACGGCGGUGAAGUUAGUUUUAGGUUGGAUAUAUUUUCCUGUAAAUACGGCGGUGAAGUUAGUUUCAGGUUGGAUAUCUGACGGACAUUCUCUGAGGAUCUACCGGUGUCUUCUCUCUCUUCAUAACCGGGAAUAACAACAGCAGCGCGGUUAAAUCUACUCGACACCCUCACUGUCAACGUCGGUGUUGAAUAAGGGACCGUCAAUAAAUUACCGGUUGAUGUUCUCAGAAAAGGCUGUUUUCCUUCAAUAGCUUCACUGUCAUGUGACCAAAAGACCUAAAAUUGAUUUCUAAUAAUAGUACUAAGAUCGAUCAAUAAGACAAACAUUAUUGAUCAGUUUUCA